AUGAGCUUUGAGCCUAGCAAUUUAGCAAUUUGCGAAACAUGCGGUACGCAGUUUGAUGUUCCACUUGAGCAGCACCCAGAGACAUGUCGGAUCUGCGAUGAUCCCCGCCAGUACGUUCCCGCCAGCGGCCAAUCCUGGACCUCACUCUCAUCUACCCAGCCCCUCCAGAAGAACACUUUCGAAACCGACAAGCAAGACUCACGAAUCCACUACAUUACCACUGCACCUUUGUCCCCUUCUGAACUACCCCCUGGUCUCGCCGACUCCAGCACCACCCGCAAGCAACUGGGCAUUGGACAACGCGCCAUCUUACUCCAGACAUCUGGUGGAAAUGUUCUUUGGGAUUGCGUCGCAUUCUUGAACCCCGAUACGAUUAAUUUCAUCAAGGAAAAAGGCGGGUUGAAGGCGAUUGUGAUUAGCCAUCCACAUUUUUUUACGACUCACUUGGAGUGGGCGAGUGUGUUUGGAUGUCCGGUAUAUCUAUGUGGGGAUGAUGAGAUGUGGUUGAAUUGUAAAGAUAAGGAUGGUGUGAGGAAGUUGGUCAAGGGGGUUACUGAGAUUGAAGAGAUUGGAGGUGAGGCUAAGAUGAUUCAGUGCGGGGGUCAUUUUGAUGGUAGUUCGGUGCUGUGGUGGGACAAGAAGCUGUUUAUUGCUGAUACGUUCAUGAGUGUGCCUUCUGGCUUCAACAACGCACACCGCGUACCAGAUACAACAUCGUAUUCGUUCAUGUGGGCGUAUCCUAAUAUGAUUCCGCUGACGCCAAAGGCGAUUCACGGGAUCUGGAAGGCGAUCAAGCCAUUCGAGUUUGAUAGCACGUAUGGAGGAUUUCCGGGGCAGAAUCUAAAGAGGCCAGACUUGAAGAAGCAGGUGUUGGAGAGUAUGAAGAUAUUCUUGAAGAGGGCCGGACAUGAGAAUGUGGGAAUCUUUGAGGAGAGUGUUUGA